UAAAUAUUCGAAACUUAAAAAUGUAUAUAUGUUGUUAUGGAAUAUGUAGGAAAAAGUUCACUUUAUACAUAUUUGAAAAGCUUUGAAGGAAGAAAAGUACCUGAAGAUGAAGCUAAGAGAAUAUUUAAAUAAAUAAUGAAGGGAAUGGCUUAUUUAAAUAGUUAAAAUAUUGCACAUAGAGACAUUAAGUUGGAAAAUAUAUUAAUGGAUGAUACUAAAAAUAUAAAAAUUAUUGAUUUUGGAUUUGCAACUUCGUCUUUAAAAAAAUUAAAUGUCUUUUGUGGAACCCCUAAUUAUAUGGCCCCUGAGAUUAUAGCUAAAAAAGAAUAUUUUGGACCUCCUGCUGAUAUUUGGGCUUGUGGUGUAGUUUUAUUUCUCAUGCUAGCUGGAAGAUUUCCAUUUAACGGAAUCGAUGAUAAAAGUUUAUAUACUAAAAUUAAAUCAGGAAUAUUUGAAUAUCCUGAAAAUAUUUCAUAUAGUGCUUAAUAAAUGCUAAAUAAAUUACUUUGUGUUAAUCCUUUAGAAAGAAUUUCUGCUGAAUAAGUUCUUUGUAGUAUGUGGAUUAGUCCUAUGAACAAAUAUAAAAAAAUUACUUAAGAUAAAUUAUGA